AUGGACAACAAGAGCGAUCCAAGGGUCAAUAACUGGGCAAUGAUGAGCGGUCCGUUCCCGACUAUCUUCAUCUGCCUGUUUUACGCCUACUUCGUCAAGGUUCUCGGCCCCAAGCUCAUGGAAAAUCGUAAACCAUUCGAACUGAAGAAAGUCCUGCUGUACUACAAUCUCUUCCAAGUGGCAUUCUCCACGUGGUUGUUUUACGAGGUAUGCGAGACAUUUUCAAACGCUGUUGAAUCGAAACUUCGAUGCUACGCUCACUGUAUCAUUUGUUCGGUGCAGUCGUUGGCAAGCGGGUGGGGAGGCUAUUAUUCGCUCCGUUGUCAACCAGUGGACUACUCAAACAAUCCGAUUGCAUUGCGAAUGACACAUGGCUGCUGGUGGUACUACUUCUCCAAGUUCACCGAAUUCUUUGACACUAUAUUCUUCGUGCUGAGGAAAAAGAAUAAUCAAAUCACGAGAUUGCACGUGAUUCAUCACGGAGUUAUGCCAAUAUCCGUUUGGUUCGGCGUGAAAUUUACUCCUGGUAAAUAUAUUCUUCUUCACUCGGUAUAUUUACUGUAUUGUGAUCUUUUCAUCAUCCGCGGAUCGACAUGUGUAAUUGAGCAAUCGACGAUGCUGUGCAAUUCAAUGCAGUUUCUACGUUACACAGUACUGGUUAAAAAAUUUUCAAGACACCUUUACGGAAUUUGUGUUUUAUAAUUCGUUUAACGACUCUUGCAACGACUUUUGACUGUAUUAUACAACGACAGUUAGCUAGUUUGUUACCUAGUCACAUGCUAAAAUAAGCCAAAGAAAAAAACUAUUGAUAUUAAAAGAUCCGUGUAUUUCACAGACAGAAUGUGUAUCAACUUUUGGCCAGUAG